CUCCUCCGGCUUCACCGUGUGGGAAGCUCAAUGCAGCAGCAAAACCAACAUCCUUAGAAGAGGACGAUGUGGAAUAGUUGGUUUGUAAUACUGGUCUCAUUAUUCGAACGAGGACUGCACCAACAAUGCUUAUUUUGAUGAUGUGGUGCAGGUUGGCAUCUCUUUUUUUCGAGCGUGUUUUACUCAUCUGAAUUAUUAAUUUCCUCGUCGGUCUGACAUCAGAGCGCCUAGUUUCUUUUAUCUCGCAACUUGCAUUUUUCCAAGAAACGACAGGAUUUAACUGGAGUUGAUUUCCGAUUUUUGGGAAUCGAGUUGAGUCGCGACGCGCGAUGGAUUGUUGCGAUUAAUUGAUUAAGAUCUGUAUCUGUUUUUUUUUUUUUUUUUUUUUUUUUUUUUUUUUUUUUUUUUCUGAACUGUUGAGCGAACUGUUCGUUCAAAUUGCGUAACAGAUGCUCGGUUCCCUUUACGGAAGAAUGUUGGACCUGUUUUGCAUCCACUUUAACCACUUGCUAUUUUAUCAUUUUAAUGUGGGUUUUGAAACGAAUUAUUUUAUCAGUGCAAAUACGCUGCGUCGUGUUUGAGAUGCCUCAAAAAAGCUCAGUAACCUUGGGACUUUAUGACAGAAUAUAUGCUUUGUACAACCUGAGCUUGACGAGAGAGGCUGAGACUGAAAUCUGAUCCUGAGUGAAUCGGGAUAGUCCCUCUCUUGGCGCUCUCAAUGUCCGGUGUUAUCUGUAAAGGAGGAAAUAUGAACAUUGCCGGUUACUAAAUGGUUUACUGGGGCAAUUGGUAAAAGGCAAGAUGCUGCUGCUUGUUCUGUUGGCAUUUUCCAUAUCGGGAACAUUUUGUGACUUGGAUUCGGACCUCAGAGCUGAAACCUGCAGCGCAUGCUCCUGCAUGUCCAUCGAGAACGUCCUCUAUGUGAACUGUGAGAAAAUAACUGUGUACAGACCUACACAGCUGCAGCCACCAGUGUCCAGCCUCUACCAUUUAAAUUUCCAGAACAACCUUUUGUACAUCCUUUAUCCCAACUCUUUUGUGAAUUUCACACACGCAGUCUCACUCCAGCUGGGGAACAACAAACUCCAGAACAUUGAGGGAGGGGCCUUUGUGGGGCUUAGUGCAUUGAAACAGUUGCACUUAAAUAACAAUGAGUUAAAAGAGCUCCGUGCUGACACAUUCCGAGGGAUCGAGAACUUGGAAUACCUCCAGGCUGACUACAAUUUAAUCAAGUUCAUUGAGAAAGGAGCCUUCAACAAAUUACAUAAACUGAAGGUUCUUAUUUUAAAUGACAAUCUGAUUCAAAGCCUACCUGAGAACAUUUUCCGAUUUGCCUCCCUUACUCACUUGGACAUAAGAGGAAAUAGGAUACAGAAGCUUCCUUAUCUUGGAGUUCUGGAGCACAUCGGGCGGAUAGUGGAAUUGCAGUUGGAUGACAACCCAUGGAAUUGCACUUGUGAUUUGUUGCCUUUGAAAGCCUGGUUGGAGAAUAUGCCCUAUAACAUUUUCAUUGGAGAGGCUAUUUGUGAGACCCCUAGUGACCUGUAUGGCAGACUCUUAAAGGAGACUAAUAAGCAGGAGCUGUGCCCCAUGGGGACAGGCAGUGACUUUGAUGUACGGAUGCCCCCCUCCCAGCCUGAGGGUGGGCUAACCAUGUCUAACGUGGCACCUUCAACCAUUGCACCUUUAGUGACCAAAGCACCCAAAACUACCAAUCCCUCCAAAAUAAAUGUCAAUGGGAUUGUCGCUGUUAACCCAGCUGUUAAAAAUGGCCAAAUUGUGUCCUAUCAAACGCGAAUGCCUCCCCUCUCCUGCCCCCACCCUUGCACAUGCAAAGCUCACCCUUCUGACUUCGGCAUUAAUGUCAGCUGCCAAGAAAGAAACAUUCAGAGUCUAGCAGAUCUUGUACCUAAACCACCGAAUGCCAAGAAAUUGCACCUUAGUGGUAAUUACAUCAGAGAUAUCCAUCCCACUGACUUCCAAGGGUUUGAAGGUUUAGAUUUAUUACAUUUGGGCAGCAAUCAAAUAUCCACCGUCCAAAAAGGUGUUUUCGCAAAUCUUACAAACCUCCGUAGGCUAUACCUAAAUGGAAAUCAUCUGGAGCAGCUGCACCCUGAAAUGUUUCUUGGGCUCAGUAACCUCCAAUAUCUCUAUUUGGAGUAUAAUGCCAUAAAGGAGGUGCUAGCAGGGACAUUUGACUCUAUGCCAAAUUUGCAGCUCUUGUACAUGAAUAACAAUGUGCUCAGAAGUCUGCCUGCUUACAUCUUUGCAGGCGUUUCUCUUGCCAGAUUGAAUAUAAAGAACAACCACUUCAUGACUCUGCCUGUGAGUGGCGUCCUAGACCAGCUCAAAUCUCUCACUCAGAUAGACCUGGAUGGCAACCCUUGGGAAUGCUCCUGUGAUUUAGUGGCUUUGAAACUCUGGCUGGAAAAGCUGAACGAAGGGGUCGCUGCCAAAGGUAUCAAGUGUGUGUCUCCAGUGCAGUUCUCUAACGUUGAGCUGAGAGAGCUGAAAAAUGAGAUCAUGUGCCCGAAGCUCAUAGCCAGGCCUCCUUUAAUCCUGACCAGCGCCACCCCUGUCCUCACAUCAUUGUCACCUGCUGGCGUUGGCAAGGCACCCCCAGGUGGUCCUGUGCCCUUGUCUAUUAUGAUAUUAAGUAUACUGGUAGUUCUGAUCCUCACUGUCUUUGUGGCCUUCUGCCUGCUGGUCUUUGUGCUGAGACGCAACAAAAAGCCAGCAGGAAGACAGGAGGGACUUGGCAACCAGGAGUGCGGCUCCAUGCCUCUUCAGAUCAGGAGGCACAAUCACAAAUCUAACAAGAAGGAUGAACUGGGUGGAGAGACCUUCAUCUCGCAGACCAUCGAGUACAUGAACAAAGCUCACACUUGUGGAAUUAGAGACUCAGAGUUGGACUUCAAAUUCGAAGAUUCAGAAAGACAGAAAAUGAUGCUACACAACAGUGCCGACAAAGACAAGGACUCUCUAUCCUUGGACUCCAGGAACAGAUUAAGCACCAUUGACGAGCUGGACGAGUUCUUACCGCGACGAGACAGCAUAUUCCUCCCCAACUACUUGCAGAACAAAAAGGAUUUCAACAGUAUAGGGGUGAGUGGCUUUGAGAUCCGUUUCCCUGAGAAACCACAUGACAAAAAAAUGAAAAAAUCAUUGAUAGGGUGCAACCACAGUAAGAUAGUGAUUGAGCAGCGUAAAAGUGAUUAUUAUGAACUAAAGGCAAAAAUGGGGACCCCAGACUACCUUCAAGUACUAGAGGAACAGACAGCUCUCAGUAAAUUCUAGAACAUCAUCUUCAACUGCCCUGUAAUGACAAAAGUGCCUUAAGACAAAUCUAAAUCACCAAUGGAAUACCGGAAACAUUUCAUUACACAAAACGUAACUCCCUUAGAAUUGUUGGCUGUGUUAAAAUUACAUAAAACGUCACACUAGUCAGUAUCCAUAAAAAAAAAUAGUUUUAGUUUGCUGCUUUUGAUUAAGAAUUCCAUCAAAUUCCACUGAACUUUGUUUUUACCAAAUUGGGUCAUGAAACUGUGUUGAGUGUACUUCAUAUUGACCCUUCUUCAUUGUGUUUGGUUGGAAGUAUUUUUAGGCAUCUUGGGAUGACAAAAUCUAAUGGAGUGGAAGAAAUGGAAGUUGGCAAAUGCUUGAAAGUGGUGGAAUGCCCCAGACUCCCCUCUCUUGGAUUAUAUUUUGCCACUUUUGGGGACUUGAAUCUCUUGGAUUUGAUUAUAUGUGAAGGCACUGAUGGCCAACAUCCGGACAUUUUGGAUUAUUCCAAUUACCUGUAAAGAGCCAUUCGAUAUUGUUCUACUGAAAUGUGAUUCUCCUUGAAGUGUUUGGUUAAGGCACAUGACAGGACAUUCACAAACUCAAAGAGAAACUAAACAGCUGCUUGCCAUGUAAGCGUAUAUGGAUUUAUUUUGUAAGUCAACAUUAUUUGUAUUUGUGGGGCAGUUGUGUAAAUUACAACAGUCGACAAUUUAAUUCAACAGGCUCAUCAAGAAAAACAGUGGAUUCUAGAAACAUAAAAAAAAAAAAAAAACAUGCAAAAACAUUGACGACCACUGUCACCUGUCAAUUUGUAGUUUGACUUCAUAUUUAAUUUAUUUUUCUAUGCAGAAUUAUUUAAAGACUAUUGGUACUAUUUAACAAUUUCAAGGGACAUUUUGAAUGCUAUAAGUGAUACAGGCUUUUAGUUUGAGCUCUGAAUCUAAAAUUAUCUUCUGAAUACAUUCUGAAUUCUGCUGGUUGCUGACUGACGGAGGCAUACAGAUGACGGUGAUGUCAUUUUCACUGUCACGUUGCACGAUGUGAGGCCUCCUAGCAUAUCACAUCUAACAGUUUGCUUAUUCUUAUAUCCCAGAGCAACUAGUAAAAGGUUUCUUAUUAACAAUAUGCAACCAAAUAAGUGUGCAUUAACGUGAUAUGAUUCUGGACAGAGCAAACGUAUUGUGGGAAUAAAGUACUAAUUGAACGUAAUUUAUACAUGUGGAGAGGACUGUGUCUUAUUGACACAACUGUGAGAUUAACUCACCAUAUGAAAAGGCUGCAGAUUUAAAUCAUAUCACUUUUCAUGUGCAAUAUUAUUAUGCUCAAUCAUGUUAGCUUGAAAUCUUUGUUUUCUGUUCAAAUUAAUAAAAGAGAGAGAUUUUUUUCUUUUUCUUUUUUUUUAAGAAAAGGCUUAAUUUCAUUCAGUCUUUAUUUAAAUAUUAAAUUAAUGAUUGUUUAAAGUAGAAUGUACCAUGAGAGAUAAAAUAAAUAAAAUGAGGAAUCUGUAUAUUGGUUAACUUCAUUGUGCAAUCCUGUUGAGGUCAAGGUAUUCAAAUACAAUGUAAUUUGCUCUGUCUUUUCUUUCUUUAUGCUUUUUGUAUCCCUUUUUUCUGUUUCUGUUUCUGUUUACAGAAGUCUUAUCAUGUUUUUUUGAUUGUUAAAGUUGCUUUACAAAUAAAAUGCCCUGAAUGCUCUUACAGACAAUUUGGUAAAUUAAGAUUUGUAUUUUUAUUUUACUGAAGCAGCUAAACCCUCACGCUUGGUCUCUGGUAUAUGGUUCAGGUUUCCAAAGGUCUUAACUUCUCUAAUAAAUGUCGUGUGUGUGAGAGAGAAAUGUGGGAAGAAUUAAUAAUAAUAAUAGCAGGAUUGUGCUUUUGAGAGGCUCUUGACAGUCCUUCUCGUAUGUACUUCAUCUAAAACACUGAACCCGAAACAUCAUGUU